UCCCAGAUGUUUCUCUGCUCGCUGUUUACCUGCCACAAAUUUCCCCGAAUUCUAAAGCAAAACAGCCAUUGCUGGCAUUGAAAAAAAGAUUAUUAAUUUAAAUUUUAACAAUACAUUGUCCGCAAUUUUACUGUUUCGAAACAAUUUGGUAAUUAGUGGCAGUAAUUCCAUCAGGGAGUGAUUGCAUUUCAUUCAAAUGUGAAUUCUAGAAGUAUAGUGUAAGUUUUCUCCGAAAACAACUUGAGGAAGUGCUGUGUCCCGUUGCAAAAGCAGAAAGUGCAAAAUUCUUUUUUUUUUCUGACGUCAACAUUUUUUUUUUGCUGAUAGCGAAGAAAAUUCGCUUUUCGAAAAAUGAAUUCGUUUUUACGGGGAUCAACUAACUAUGUGUGGUGUACGACUAGUGUUCUGGGAAAGGGAGCCACCGGAGCUGUGUUUCAGGGGGUCAACAAGCAUAACGGUGAGCCAGUGGCCGUGAAGACGUUCAACCAGCUGAGCCAUAUGAGGCCUCCGGAUGUCCAAAUGCGAGAAUUUGAGGUGCUCCGCAAGGUCAAACAUGAUAACAUUGUUAAGUUGUUGGAUAUCGAAGACGAUCAGGAGGGCCGUGGGAAGGUCAUUGUCAUGGAACUGUGCACCGGAGGAAGCUUGUUCAACAUACUGGAUGAUCCGGAAAACACGUACGGUCUUCCUCAGAGAGAAUUCCUAUUGGUACUGGAACAUCUCUCGGCGGGAAUGAAACAUUUGAGGGAUAACAACCUCGUUCACCGUGAUCUGAAGCCAGGAAAUAUCAUGAAGUACAUUUCCGAAGAUGGAAAAACUAUCUACAAACUUACAGAUUUCGGAGCGGCACGUGAACUGGAGGAAAAUCAGCAGUUUGUGUCGCUGUACGGAACGGAGGAAUACCUGCACCCGGACAUGUACGAACGUGCGGUCCUUCGGAAAUCUAUCAAUCGUAGCUUCACCGCCAACGUUGACUUGUGGUCCAUUGGAGUUACCCUGUAUCAUGUGGCUACUGGGAACCUUCCCUUCCGUCCCUUUGGAGGGCGCAAGAACAAGGAAACCAUGCACCACAUUACAACCAAAAAAGCACCGGGCGUCAUUUCCGGCACGCAAACCAGCGAAAACGGCCCAAUCGAAUGGUCUCGGCAUUUGCCACCGCAUUGCCAGUUGAAAGCGGGCCUAAAAUUCCUCGUGACACCCCUGCUGGCCGGGCUGCUCGAGGAAAGCCAGAAGCGCAUGUGGUCCUUCGAUCGGUUCUUCUACGAGGUGCAGCACAUCCUGAACAAGAAAGUGCUGCACAUUUUCUACACCAACCAGGCCACCUCCAUCGAAGUGUACAUGGACCCCGAGGAGAGCUUCUUCAACCUGAAGGAACACGUCAUGGUGCAGACCAAGGUGCCACACGUAGCGCAGCUGCUGCUGCUGGAUUCGGAACGGUUUGAGCAGAAGGUCGGCGUCAACAGUAGCGCUCGAGGAUAUCCCACCACCCAAACGGAGAAUCCGGUGAUGUUGUUCAACAUCGAGAACAACAACGUGACGCUGCCCGGGGAGCUGGAAUUGCCCAAGUUUCCCUCGUUCCCGAGUGGUGUAUCCGUGGAGAACGAUGCCAGUUUGGCCAAGGUUGCCUGCAGCGUUGGGCACGAGUGCAAACGGCGGGUGGAGAACUUCUCCAUGCUGGACACGCUGAUGAACAAAGCGGUGGAACAAUUUGCUGGGCUGCUCAAGAAUCAGCUGGCGAAAUUGUGCGAGCGCGUCAAACACCAGGAAGACAUCGGUAGCUCAACAAGGGAGAUUUCCGAUCUGGUUCAAAUCGCCGUUAUGAAUAAUGAAUCCUACCAGGACAAAGCAUCAACUAUCCAUACCGAGAUAAACUCCCUGAAAGCAGCAUUCCAACUGGUUUCGGACCCGGUGCAGCAACUCCACAAUCGUUUCGUCAUGGAGGAAUCCCUGAGCCGAGAGUGGAUUACUGCCUAUCGUGAACUUCGUAGUCCUAACAAAAAUCGAGUUAACGAGAAGGCCAAAUAUCUGGUAGACCGGCUGCGUGACUCUUGGCAGCACCUGCUACGCGAUCGUGCCACUCGAUCCCUAACCCAUAACGAUGAACAGUUCCAUGCUCUUGAAAAAAUCAAAAUCACCGAAACGGGAAAACGAGUCAAAACGCUGCUGAAUGACGACGUGCGACCGGCUGUGGAACAGGAGGCGGAAAGUUUGGCAGACUGGUACAAAAAAGCGCAAACCAUCUUCCUGCAGACGAAGUUCCUGUUCAAGGAUGUGGGUUCCCACGAAGACACCCUGUACGACAUCCGGGUUCGUUUGGUCCAGAUCAAAGAGGACUUGAAAGAAGACAUCAAAAACGAUGGUGAGGUGUCCAAGAUUGCUAAUGAGACAACGGUCAACGAGCAGAACAUCGAAAGCAUGAAGAGAGCCAAAGAGAUGCAGUGUUACCUAAGGACAAUGUUCAACUUCCAGCGAGAUAUCAGAAAAACUUUGCAACAAAAUAACGAACUCGUUGAAGCAAUACACAAUCUGGCCAUCAAUCGAGAGCAACCUGUUAAGGAAGAGAUUUUCAACUGAAUAUCGAUGCAUUAUAAUUUGGACCGUUGACUUCAUAGAUUUAAGAUUUCCAACCAACGGGUUGACUAUUUUACUCCAAAACCAUGUACCUAUUGUGCUCUUAAAUUUAGAUAUAAAGUCGUGAUUUAUUACAUAUACUAUGUAUUAUAAAAAAGUAUUAUUCAAUCA